AUGUUAGACUAUAAUGUUUUCUCUGAACUACAGGCAAAUUGUAAGUAUCUCUCGAAGUCGAUUUACCACGCGUAUAUUGAAAAAGCAUUGUCCAGCUAUCCACAUAGUUUCUGGAAAUAUGCACGUGAUCUUAAACAGCAUCCUGAAAUUCCAGUUUCAGAAUGCUUUGGCAAUCAUUCGUCAAACAAUCCUUCCGAAUCUGCUAACCUUUUCUCUGACUACUUUAAAUCAUUCUUUGGUACUUCUACCCCAAACCAGUCCCAUUCAAAUAGCCCUUAUAGCCUGCCAUUUGAUCUCCUAUCAGAUUUCAAAUUCUCACCGGAGAAUAUUUUUUCAACGCUAUCUACCCUGUGCAAUAAAACCUCCACAGAUCCGGAUGUAAUUCCGGCCAUUUUUCUUUUCAAUUGUCGUUUGUCUAUCUAUAUUCCGUUGUUCCUUUUGUUUAGAAGGUCUCUGGAUGAAUGUACGUUCCCUAAUAUCUGGAAAAUCUGUUCUGCAACUCCUGUUUUGAAAUCUGGUGAUGCUUCGGACGUCACUAAUUACAGACCAAUAUCAAUAAUCUCACAUAUUGCCAAGGUAUUUGAAUCUGUUGUUUAUCAUUGUAUUAAACGUAGCCUUAAUUAUAUAUUAAUUGAUGAACAGCAUGGUUUCAGGCCAAGUAAACCUACUUGUACAAAUGGUGUUUCCUUUCUAUCAUACAUUAUUGAGAAUAUUGAUUCUGGUUCUCAAAUAGACGUCAUAAUCACUGAUUUCAAAAAAGCAUUCGAUACGGUCCACCAUGAACAGCUUAUUUACGAAUUAGUCUAG